AUGAUUUACGAUCUCAACAUUGCAUGGUCUCCUGCCACAACGACCGAACGCCUCCUCCAGACGCUGUCCCUCGCGUCCUCCCUCGGCUAUUCCACCGUGGCCCUCAACCAGACCCUCGAGCUGCCCUUGCCCGCCAACCCAACAUCUCCCUUCCCUCCGAUACCCCCGUCCUCGCCGUCGCGCCAGCUGCCUUCAGUCCUCCUCAGGGCCACCCUCCCGCUUAGCGACCCCGCAGCGUCAAACUACCGCCUGCCAUCCCUGGCCAAGGUCUACGACAUCCUCGCCAUAAGGCCCCUCACCGAAAAAGCCUUCCAGAACGCCUGCCUAACGCUCGACAUCCCUAUCAUCUCGCUAGACCUCGCGUCGCAUUUCCCCUUCCACUUCCGCCCGAAGCCCUGCAUGGCGGCCGUCAGCCGCGGCGUCCGCUUCGAGAUAUGCUACGCACAGCUCCUCACGGCCGACAGCCGCGGCCGCGCAAACUUUAUAUCCAACGCUACGGGGCUCAUCCGGGCCACGCGCGGGCGAGGCAUUGUGAUAAGCAGCGAGGCCAAGGGGGCCAUUGCUCUACGCGGGCCGGCAGACGUGGUAAACCUCCUAAGCGUGUGGGGAUUGGCCAGCGAAAAGGGCAUGGAUGGCUUGCGCUCUAUCCCCAGGAGCGUUGUCGUCAACGAGGGCAUUAAGAGGACUGGAUUUCGUGGCGUCAUCAACGUGGUCCAGGUAGCGACGGAGGAGGAGCGCAAGGAUGAUGUUGCUGAAGGGUCGUCCCCAUCGGCGGCGGACGGGCUGGGCGCGGGGGGCAGAGGGGGGGAUGACCAGAAGCGCAAGCACGCCCUGGGAGAAAGCCAGCCGCUGAGUAGACGGCAGACCAAGAAGAUGAAGCUGGCUGCUCGCUCAGGAGUGGGUGGAUAA